GGCAGCAUGGACAUCCGCAACGACGUCUCCCAGCUCCGGAAGCUGGAAAACUGCUCCAUCAUCGAGGGCAACCUGCAGAUCCUGCUCAUGUUCACCACGGGCGCCGAGGACUUUCGGGGGCUCAGCUUCCCGCGCCUGCUCAUGAUCACCGAGUACCUGCUGCUGUUCCGCGUCUACGGGCUGGAGAGCCUGCGCGACCUCUUCCCCAACCUCUCGGUCAUCCGCGGCACCAGCCUCUUCUUCAGCUACGCCCUGGUCAUCUUCGAGAUGCCGCAUCUGCGGGACAUCGGGCUGCACAGCCUGACGCACGUGCUGCGCGGCUCGGUGCGCAUCGAGCGCAACCAGGAGCUCUGCCACAUCUCCACCAUCGACUGGGGGCUGCUGCUGCCCGACGCCGUGGACCACAACUACAUCGUGGGCAACAAGCUGGUGGAGGAGUGCGCCGACGUCUGCCCGGGCAUCCUGGACGUGGAGAAGCCCUGCGUGCAGACCAGCGUCAACGGGGAGCUCGAUUAUCGCUGCUGGACCUCCAGCUACUGCCAGAAAGGUGGGUGGCCCAGAGCCAGCGGGAAGGCGGCAGCAGAGCCAUGCUGCCACGCGGAGUGCCUGGGGGGCUGCGCGCGGCCGCGCGACAGCCGGGCCUGCGUCGCCUGCCGCCACUUCCACUUCAACGGCCACUGCCUGCCCUCGUGCCCGGCCCGCACCUACGAGUACGAGGGCUGGCGCUGCGUCACGGCCGAGUACUGCGCCAGCCUGCGCAAGGUGUCCGAGAACCCCCGCGACGCCUCCAAGUUCGUCAUCCACCGGCGCCAGUGCCUCUCCGAGUGCCCCCCGGGCUACACGCGCAACGAGAGCAGCAUCUUCUGCCACAAGUGCGAGGGGCUGUGCCCCAAGGAGUGCAAGGUGGGCACCAAGACCAUCGACUCGACGCGGGCGCCAGCGCCGCUGCCCAUGCCGUGCUCAGCGCCUUGGGUAUCCCCAGAUAACCUGGCCUCGGAGCUGCAGAGCAGCCUGGGCCUCAUCGAGACCAUCACGGGCUUCCUGAAGAUCAAGCACUCCUUCGCCCUCGUCUCCUUGUCCUUCUUCAAGAACCUCAAGCUGAUCCGCGGUGACUCCAUGGUGGACGGGAAUUACACCCUGUACGUCCUGGACAACCAGAACCUGCAACAGCUCUGGGACUGGAGCCACCACAUCCUCUCCAUCCCCGUGGGCAAGAUGUACUUUGCCUUCAACCCCAAGCUCUGCCUGGCCGAGAUCUACCGCAUGGAGGAGGUCACGGGCACCAAGGGGCGGCAGAACAAGGCUGAGAUCAACCCCCGCACCAACGGCGACCGGGCGUCCUGCAAGACCCAGACCCUCCGCUUCAUCUCCAACGUCACCGAGUCCGACCGCAUCUUCCUCAAGUGGGAGCGCUACCGGCCCCCCGAGUACCGGGACCUCCUCAGCUUCAUCGUCUACUACAAGGAGUCGCCCUUCCAGAACGUGUCGGAGUACGUGGGGCAGGAUGCCUGCGGGGCCCACAGCUGGAAUGUGUUGGACGUGGAGCUGCCCCUCAACACCGAGCAGGAGCCCGGGGUGGCCCUGCUCAACCUGCGUCCCUGGACCCAAUACGCCAUCUUCGUGCGCGCCAUCACCCUCACCACGGCUGAGGAAGGGCGCAACUACGGGCAGAGCGAGGUGGUGUACAUCCGCACGAUGCCGGCAGCGCCAACGGUGCCCCGGGACGUCAUCUCCAUGUCCAACUCGUCCUCGCACAUCGUGGUGCGCUGGAAGCCGCCCACGCAGCGCAACGGCAACAUCACCUACUACCUGGCCAACACCUCCUCGGCGGAGGCGCCGGCCCCGAGCCACACCAGAGACGAGCAGCCCAAACCCAGCUUCCAGAUCUUCGAGGACAAGGUGGUGCGUGACCGGGCGGUGCUGUCGCGGCUGCGGCACUUCACCGAGUACCGCAUCGACAUCCACGCCUGCAACCACGCCGCCCACACCGUGGGCUGCAGCGCGGCCACCUUCGUCUUCGCCAGGACCAUGCCCGAGCUGCAAGCCGAUAACAUUCCCGGCAACAUCACGUGGGAGCCGGCCAGCAAGAACAGCGUCCUGCUGCGCUGGGAAGAGCCCAGGAACCCCAACGGGCUCAUCCUCAAGUACGAGAUCAAGUACAGCCGCGAGAGCGAGGUCACCACCGUGGUGUGCGUCUCCCGUCACCGCUACUCCAAGUACGGCGGCGUCCACCUGGCUCUGCUCCAACCGGGCAACUACUCGGCCAAGGUGCGGGCCACCUCGCUGGCCGGCAACGGCUCGUGGACGGGGCUCGUCAAGUUCUACAUCCUGGGGCCAGGUACGAGGCUGGUGGGGGGAACAUGGGAGCAGCAGGGCAGGGAAUCGGGUGCUCCCGGCCCUGGGAUCAGGGGAUGCUGCCUGGAGGUUCCGGGGAUUUGGAUGUUGCUGGCACAGAGAUGCUCUGCACUGGGGCAGAGCCCGCGGCAUCGGGAGAUCGGGACCCUCUACGCCUCCGUUAACCCCGAGUACUUCAGCGCCUCACACAUGUAUAUCCCCGACGAGUGGGAGGUGUCGCGGGACAAGAUCACGGUGAUCCGGGAGCUGGGACAGGGCUCCUUCGGGAUGGUGUACGAGGGGCUGGCGCAGGACAUCGAGGCCGAGGGCCAGGAGACCAAGGUGGCCCUCAAGACGGUCAACGAGCUGGCCACCAUGCGGGAGCGCAUCGAGUUCCUCAACGAGGCCUCCGUCAUGAAGGCCUUCAAGUGCCACCACGUGGCGGCUCCGUGUCCCGCAGUCCCGGCGGUGAUCCUGCUGCUGCAGGAGGCCAUCCCGCAGCACUUCUGGUGCAUCCCCUUCUCGGUGGACGGCAACCCGGCGCCCAGCGUGCGCUGGCUCUUCAACGGCACCGAGCUGCUCGAGGGGCCCUACAUCCACACGCGCAUCGUGGAGUACGAGCACAACUCCACCGUGCUGCACGGCUGCCUGCAGCUCAACCGGCCCACGCACGUCAACAACGGCAACUACACCCUCGUGGCCAGCAACGCGCUGGGCUCCGCCGCCCGCUCCGUCCAGGGCCGCUUCAUGGAGAACCCCUUCAGCUUCAACCCCGAGGAGCCCAUCCCCGGUAUGGGGACCGCUGCCGUGGGGCAGAGGGGACAGGGUGCCCCGCUGGGCACUCACGGGUGUUUUUGUGUUGUCUUCUCUCUCCUCCUCCUUCCUCAGUGUCUCUGUCCCCGCUGGGUGAGGCCCUUCGCGGCCCAACGUGCCGGUGCCGCAGGCUCGGCCGUGCUGGCCCACGAGGACGAGCUGGCCAUGUCCCUGCACCUCAUGAACCUGGGCAGCAGCCCCCCGUCCUCGGCCGAGAGCAAGCUGGAGGGGCUCAAGAGCAACGUCAUCGAGAACCCGCAGUACUUCUGUGACACCCGCGUGCACCACGUGCAGCGCCGCGACAUCGCGCUCAAGUGGGAGCUGGGCGAAGGCGCCUUCGGCAAGGUCUUCCUGGCCGAGUGCUCCAACCUGCUGCCCGAGCAGCGCAAGAUGCUGGUGGCCGUGAAGGCGCUGAAGGAGGCCACGGAGAGCGCCCGCCUGGACUUCCAGCGGGAAGCGGAGCUGCUCACGGUGCUGCAGCACGAGCACAUCGUGCGCUUCUACGGCGUGUGCACGGACGGCGAGCCCCUCAUCAUGGUCUUCGAGUACAUGGAGCACGGGGACCUCAACCGCUUCCUCCGGUCCCACGGUCCCGACGCCAAAAUCCUGGACGACGGCCAGGGCCAGCCCUACGGGCAGCUCACGCUGAGCCACAUGCUGCACAUCGCCACGCAGGUGGCCUCGGGCAUGGUGUACCUGGCCUCCCUGCACUUCGUGCACCGCGACCUGGCCACCCGCAACUGCCUGGUGGGCCAAAACCUCGUGGUGAAGAUCGGCGACUUCGGCAUGUCCCGCGACAUCUACAGCACCGACUACUACCGGGUGGGCGGGCGGACGAUGCUGCCCAUCCGCUGGAUGCCCCCCGAGAGCAUCCUGUACCGCAAGUUCACGGCGGAGAGCGAUAUCUGGAGCUUCGGCGUGGUGCUCUGGGAGAUCUUCACCUACGGGAAGCAGCCCUGGUACCAGCUCUCCAACACCGAGGUGAUGGGGCCGGGCGCGCUGCCGGGGGGUUGGAUGGAGCUGGGAUCCAGCACGGAGCGCCAGCCUCCUCUUCCUCGCUUGGGAGAGGAGGAUGGGCGAAGCGCCAGGACAUUCCUGUGA